AUGAAGGAAACCGGAGGACCUGCCCUGGAGGAGACCAGCAAAGUGCUAGCGUCUCGGGUGAGGCCUGGUGAUCUAAUUAAGGAGGGAUCCCCUACAUUGAAUGCCCUGCAGUCUGCUGGUUCCGGCUUAAAGGCUCUUCUACUGCUCGGCUGGAGGUUCAGGACUUUAAAAUCCUGUGUCAGAGGAUUCCUGGACGCAUCCAAGCUCAUUCAAAGGUCCGUGGCAGAGACUAAGUUCAUUCUAAAAGAAGACAUGAAUUUCAGCAAUAAUCCAGAAUUUAUCAUCCUUGGGUUAUCUGAGCUUCCUGAGCAACAAAAUGUAGUGUUUGUGGUAUUUCUGAUUCUGUAUCUCCUCGGCGUUCUCGGGAAUCUAACCAUCAUUCUCUUGAUAAAGACCGACUUUCACCUCCAGACUCCCAUGUACUUCUUCUUGGGCAACUUGUCCUUCGUUGAUAUGUGCUACACCUCAGCCAUCGUCCCAAAGAUGCUGGAUAACAUUCUAUCAAAGAAUAAGACUGUUACAUUGCUGGAAUGUAUCUCACAAUUGUUCUUCUUCUUGUGUUUUGCCUGCACUGAGUGCUUCUUACUGGCGGUAAUGGCGUACGACCGAUUUGUGGCCGUUUGCACCCCACUGCAUUACACCACCAUCAUCAACCGAAAUGUGUGCGUUUUUCUGGUCACUGGUUCCUGGUUGGCUUCAGCCUUGCAUUCACUUCUACACAGCUUGAUGGCGUCCACCUUGCGUUUUUGUGGUGUUAAGAAGGUCCAUCACUUCUUCUGCGACAUGGGCCCCUUGUUGCAGUUGGCCUGCUCCGACGCUUCUCUCAACAAGCUUUUAAUCUAUACGGAAGGCGGCCUACCGGUUUUGAUCCCGCUCAUCAUAGUGUUGUACUCCUAUUGCUUUAUCAUCUCCUCCAUUCUUAAAAUCCGCUCGGCCGACGGCCGGUACAAGGCCUUCUCCACCUGUUCGUCCCACCUCAUAGUGGUGAUCUUGUUUUACGGGACCAUCGCCUUAAUGUACCUGCGUCCGUCUUCCCUCGAUUCCGUAAAUUAUGACAAAGCUCUGAGUGUGGUCUACACGGUGGUGGCCCCGAUGCUCAACCCCUACAUCUACUCCCUGAGAAAUAAGGAGGUGAAAGGGGCCAUGAAAAGGUUGUUCACCCUAAAUCUGCACUUGCCCAAUCGGGGGAAAAUUCAUGAAUUUUAUGAACUGGAAAAUGAGAAAAUUCAUGAAUUUUACGAACUGGAAAAUUGGAAAAUUCAUGAAUUUUACGAACUGGAAAAUUGGAAAAUUCAUGAAUUUUACGAACUGGAAAAUGAGAAAAUUCAUGAAUUUUAUGAAUUGGAAAAUUCAUGA